AAAAACAGAACAAUUAAUAACAGAUUGCUUCAUGGUAAAAUUUAUCACCAGGCAAACAUAAAAAGAUAAAUAAUAAAAGAGUAAUCCAUUUACAAGACUCUCCUCCUCUUAAAAAAAGGGAAAGUGUGUUGUCAGACUUCGCAUUUAUAUCAAAAAGAGCAGGAAAGUGUUAACAUCAUCAUGAUAAGUGGUGCAUUUUAGAUAUUUUGCUUUUCUAAGUACCGUACACGUAAGUUUUCUGAGCAACAUAAUAAGCACAUCUAUUUAUGGUGGUCAAGAUAACAAACAUUAAUAAAUAAUAAACAUGAAUAAAAAUUUAGUAAUGUGCAGAUAAAUUCCCAUUUUUUAUGAAACAUCUGGGUCACUAAAUCCACUGUAAUUUGAGAUUAAUUAUGUUCUUCUUUGGUCUAACAAUAAGUGGUAGACUAUAACAUACUUACAAAUAAAAAAACAACAAUACAGUUACAGAAGAAUUUGUAGGUCAAAAUUAAUAUAUAUAUAGUAACAUAAAAACUGAUUCAUUUGAUAAAGUAAUGCCAGUUUUGGACUUUUAAAUGUGUGUAAGUGUGCUGAGAUAAACAGCAUUCAUUAUGCAUUAUUAUAUAUAAAUUAAUCUGAAGGGUUCAAUGUGCAAUAUGCAAUCAUCUUGUUCAGAUAUUGUUCGGAUAUCCAUAGUAUGAUCAUUGUUUAAACAGCACUUUGUCAAGGACGGCCACAAAACCUGGUUUGACUGAUUAUUAAUUGAUUAAAUAUGUAAUCAUAUCAGGGCAUGGCAAUAAAAAUGAACAUUUCUCAAUGCAAACAUCAGUGUUGAUGUGUUUGAAUGAGCAUGACGAGUUUUUUAUUACUAUAUAAGUGUGUGUGUGUAUGAGAUUUGAGUGACAGGGUGGUCUUUUUUUGUGGUGUGGGGGGUGAACGGUGACAUUGUCCCCCUUCGCUGUCACGUGCUGUGGAAUAUGCUGGCUGCCUUUGUCAGCCUGUGACUUGUUCUGCUUUUCUGGCAGUUUCAUACAAUGGUGCCCUCACGCACUAUGAUGUUAUCAAGCCCCUCACAGUACGACUGCUGGAAUUCAGGCCUGCAUGCAAGCAUCCUUACCUGGGACACAUGGAUAGCACAACCUUGAGACACAGCAAGCGCUCAUAGCAGGGAGGACUCAAAGGAGGAGUCAAAUAUCAGUGUUCACACAGGAUGUCUCUCAGAACAGAGGGGGCCCAGUGUGGUGGUGUUGCUGUGGAGUUUGACAAUGAUAAUGACAGAGAUUCACCUGUGACCAAAACCAGGAAUAUACCACAAUCAGCCCUCAUCUACCUCAAGGGCCCCAAGUUCCUCAUCUAUGUUAGUGGAGCGUUAUCUAUGUGGGGUGAUCGCAUGUGGCAUUUUGCCAUCUCUGUCUUCCUGAUUGAGCUGUAUGGGCAUAACCUGCUGUUAACUGGCAUCUUUGGACUGGUGGUGGCCGGAUCGGUGCUCUUAUUAGGGGCUUUGAUUGGAGACUGGGUUGACCGCAACCCGAGAAACAAAGUGGCCCACGCAUCCCUAUUUAUUCAGAAUAUCUCAGUGACCGUCUGCAGCAUUGUGCUCAUGUUGGUGUUCUCGUACAAAAAGUGGAUUGAGGAAAUCUGGGAUGGGUGGCUAACUGUGGUUUGUUAUACGGUGGUGAUCGUCCUGGCAGAUGUGGCGAACCUCGCCAGCACAGCUCUCACCAUUGCCAUCCAGAGAGAUUGGAUAGUGGUGAUCACAGGCUAUAACCGUGGUCAUCUCGCAGGAAUGAAUGCUACAAUGAGGCGGAUCGAUCAGGUGACCAACAUCCUGGCUCCACUGGCAGUGGGUCAGGUAAUGACCCUGGCCUCUAAUGUGGUUGGCUGUGGCUUCAUUUUAGGAUGGAAUCUGGUGUCCCUCAUUGUAGAGUUCAUCUUCCUCUCCAGAGUCUACCGGAUUGUACCAGCGCUGUCCGCCAAACCGCCAGCUAUGGAACAUCAAAGCUAUUUAGAGAAGAAAAGAGAAAGAAAACGCUCACAAGGCAGGACCUCAGCAUGUCCAGCUGCUGCCAUCUCAGAGGAAAGCACCAGCCUGCAUUUACAAGAAAUAAGCCGAAUACCAGUGUGCCUCCAUCGGCUGCGUGGGCUCCUCAGCACCUGCCGGGAAGGAUGGAGGGCGUAUUAUAGACAGCCUGUUUUCCUCGCCGGCCUGGGCCUGGCCUUCCUUUACACCACAGUGCUGGGCUUUGACUGCAUCACCACUGGCUACGCCUACACCCAAGGCAUCAGCGGCUCGCUGCUCAGCAUUCUGAUGGGUGUGUCGGCCGUGGCGGGGCUUCUGGGUACUGUGCUUUUCACAAAGCUGCGCAAAGCAUGUGGCCUGGUCAACACUGGGGUCAUUUCCAGCGCUCUGCACCUAGUUUGCCUGUUGCUUUGUUUGUGGUCCGUGUUUGCCCCCGGUAGCCCCAUGGACCUCAGCAUACUAAAUAUGGGGAAUGCAUCAGAUGUGGGAGGGAUGACUGGAGGUCACCAGAGGCACAUAUACCCACUGCGUGGAGGCAGCAACCAGCCUCUGCUGCCAGACCGUUCCUCCAUUCACUGGACCAAUAACACUGUGCUGUUUGAGAACGCACCAGCAGGGACUGAACCAGAGUCUUACGUCUCCAUCAUCCUGCUGUUCCUUGGAGUCAUUACAGCUCGAGUUGGUCUCUGGUCCUUUGACCUGACAGUGACUCAGCUCUUGCAGGAGACCAUAUGUGAAUCAGAGCGUGGGGUAGUAAAUGGAGUCCAGAGCUCCAUGAACUACCUGAUGGACCUGCUGCACUUCAUCAUGGUCAUCUCUGCACCCCAGCCACAACACUUCGGCAUCCUUGUCAUCAUCUCCAUCCUGUUCAUUUUCACAGGACACACCAUGUACUUCCUGUAUGCCAGAAAAAUCAAGAGGAAACCACGUACAAACACAUAAGCAACACAAAUCUCUCUUGUGAAUGUGUCUCAAUCCCUGCGCUGUGCCGUGUGUUAAGAUUCACUUACACAAAACGCACUGUAUCCAGCUCAGAACAUUGAAAAAAGCUGUCGCCGUGAUCUCUUUGGAAGAAAGAAAGGGUUUGGCAGCAGCGUAGUACUCAGGUGAACAUAAUCAGGAAACAGCGCCUCCUGUUGACAGUCAAAAGAAACACCCUCAUAAUAAACUUUCCAAGCUUUCCUGGUA